AAAAGUACUUUUCCACACACGAAAUUUCUCUUGAAGAGUGAAAAAUGUCCCAUUUUAGUGGUGCCUUGCAGCUAACGGACCUCGAUGACUUCAUUACGCCAUCGCAGGAGUGCAUCAAGCCGGUUCAGGUGCAAAAAACGCCGAAUCCCAAGUCGCGUACCGGCUCAAAAAUCACAAUUAUGGAAGACGGGAGUUAUGUGGCAGGAACACAAAAGUUGGAAAAAGUAGAAAUUACACUUGCUGACUGCUUGGCAUGCUCGGGAUGCAUUACUUCAGCUGAAGGCGUUUUAAUCACACAACAAAGUCAGGAGGAAUUACUGCGAGUUUUAGACGAAAAUCAAAAAGCCAAAGACUCGGGAGACGUUGAAAACAUCAAAACCAUCGUUUUUACAGUCUCCCAACAGCCGAUUCUAUCGCUGGCUAAUCGCUACGGACUCGAUGUCGAAACCUGUGCCAGCAAACUAUCCGCUUAUUUCAAAAGUCUCGGAGCUGAUGUCGUACUUGGCACCAAAAUCGCCGAUGAUUUCGCUUUAAUCGAAGCUCGUAACGAAUUUCUUGAUCGUUUUAACUCCGAAGCCAUCGAAGGCAGCAAAAAUCUUCCCAUGCUCUCGUCUUCGUGCCCCGGUUGGGUCUGUUACGCGGAAAAAACUCACGGAAAUUUCAUGUUACCGUACAUCUCGACAGCCCGUUCGCCGCAACAAAUCAUGGGAGUUCUCGUAAAACAACUUUUCGCGCAACGUCGAGGCUUGGCAUCGAACAAAAUCUAUCACGUUACCAUCAUGCCGUGCUAUGACAAAAAAUUGGAGGCAUCUCGAGCGGAUUUUUUCAACGAAGUCCUUGAGUCACGUGAUGUCGAUUGCGUGAUAACGGCGAUUGAGAUCGAACAAAUGCUCGAAAAGGCGGGACAGGACCUCACAACGAUGCAAGAAACGCCCUUUGAUUGGCCCUGGUCCGAGAAACGCUUGGAAAAGCAAGUUUUUGGACACGAAUUAUCUGGCAGCGGCGGAUAUGCUGAACACAUUUUCAAAUAUGCGGCAAAGAGAUUGUUCGAUGAAGACAUCGUUCAAGUAGAUUUCAAGCCGUUACGGAACCCAGACUUUAAAGAAGUAGUUUUAGAGCGAGAUGGACAAGUUUUGUUACGCUUUGCAAUCGCAAAUGGCUUCCGAAACAUCCAAAAUUUGGUGCAAAAACUCAAACGAGGCAAAUCGCAGUACCAUUUUGUCGAAGUAAUGGCAUGUCCGUCGGGUUGUUUGAAUGGCGGCGCACAAAAUCGACCGACAACGGGAAUUGCCCCGCGUGAAAUGGUCCAAGCACUCGAAGAGCUGUACCGAAAUCUGCCAAAAUCCACGCCAGAUAACGACGAAACACGACAAAUUUACAACACAUUCCUCGGAGGCGUGAAUAGUGACAAGGCAAAAGCUUUAUUGCACACGAGUUAUCACGCCGUGGAGAAAAUGAACACAGCUCUUAACAUAAAAUGGUAG